UUCCUUCAAUUAUCAGCAAAGACAAACAAGCAGAAACGAGUGCUUUAAUAUCAAGCUUAAAAAAAUGGCUUUGGCACGUUUGGCUUUGAAAAAUUUGCAGCAAAGGGUGUCUACUUCCUCUUCAUUGAUAGGAUAUGACUGUGUGCAGAAGCAUAGGUGGGGCAAUGAGUUGCUGAAAAGGUUUACUACUGCAGCAAGUGACAAAGGGAAAUCUGAAGGCACUGAAGUUGCUGUCUCUGAAGGCAAAAAGUCUAGGUUGUUCCCCAGAAGGAAAGGCAGAAGAUGGCUUUGGAGAAACAAUGACCGUGACUUCUCUCCUGCCCUUAAUGAAUUGUUUCCUUCAGGCCUUGGGAAUGCACUGAUGCAGGCAACUGAGAACAUCAACAGGCUGUUUGAGAAUAUGAAUUUGACACCUUGGUCUCUCAGUGGGCAUGUGAAAGAGAGGGAGGACCACUACAAACUGCGGUAUGACAUGCCAGGGAUUGCCAAGGAGGACGUGAAGAUCACCAUUGGUGAUGGGGUGUUGACAAUAAAGGGAGAGCACAAGGAAGAGAAAGAAGAAGGGGAUGAUGAUGAGUAUUGGUCAUCAAGUAGCUAUGGUUACUAUGAUACUAGUCUUGUUUUGCCUGAUGAUGCCAAGGUUGAUGAAAUUAAGGCAGAGUUGAAGGACGGUGUCCUAACCGUAACCAUUCCUAGGACUGACAAGCCCAAAAAGGAGGUCAAGCAAGUUACUGUCCAUUAAUAACUUGUGAUGAUGGGUUUGUGAACUUGUGAGACAAUGGCAUUAAUACUUUGUGACUUUGUGUGUGUGUGUGUGGUUUUGGAAAUAAAAUUUCAGACCUUUUAUGUCAAAAUUUCCGUUAUGUGUCUGUAUGACUUUUCACAUUUAUAUAUAUAAAAUGGGAAAAAAAUUUCUGAGGUUA